GAGGAGCGGAGUUCACUGGUUCUUGUCUCCACAACCAAGGCACUCCCCUACUCCUUCCUCCCUUCCCCCUCUCUUCCGUGUCACUUCCCAACUGUCCGCUAACAUACCCCUCGUCGCGUUGCCGAAGCCGCCGGCGGCAUCUUCUUCGUCAUGCAUUCACGCUUAAAGUCUUCCCAUUCCUUCAGACACUUCGACCUAUCGCCUGUGGCAAGAAAUAUGGAUUCGGAAAUCUGAGGAGUUAACGGGUGCUAACGUGGGAACCGAGAGCAUUCACCGUACCGUUGUUGCGGUCAAGACAUUGUUUGAGCGGUUGCGAGUCGCAGACAGCGUUGGCGCCGGUGGUGACGCCUGUGGGUGGUUGAGCUGCUGGCAUGACUGCGAGGAGGCACGGGCUGUGAUCUAGCAAGGUUUCCUUACUGCAAUGUUUUGCCCACGACGAACACGCCGCGUUAGAAUUCGCCAUGGCUCCCCCAAAACUGCCCCCAAAAGGCAACACAGACUCGGAGGACUCGGAGGACGCAGUAGACACUCCGACCACAAUGGCCAGCACCGACACUACGGCCCUGCCAUCCUCCUCCCCGUCACUCGCCGAAAAGGCUCAACGCUGUCGUGCAGCCCUCAUCACCGCCCUCUCACCCUCCGAGCCAGUCGACACCAUCCUCCUCUCAGGCGGUCUCGACACAUCCAUCAUCGCCGACCUCGCCCCUCUCACCCAUCUCGGCCUCAAACAAGCCGUCACAGUCGUAUGCACACCCACCGCUCCCGACGAAGCCUAUGCACGCGCCAUCGCCGAGAAGCACAGCUUGAAACACACCGUUGUGCGAUGCGAUGACCCGAUGAGCCUUGUGGGCGAUGAGGAGGGCGGCACUCUAGAGACGUGCGUGAGGGUGCUGAAGACGUUCGAUCCGAUGGAGUUGAGAAACGCGGUGGUCGUGGCUAGGGCGUUGGUGGAGUGUAAGCGGAUGGGCGCCAAGGUGGUGGCAACUGGGGACGCGGCUGAUGAACUGUUUGCAGGAUACAGUUUUCUUCAGGGCCUGUCCCCUGGCAAACUCAAACGCUGGAUCGCACGCCUCUCACGACCCUCCGUCAUGCGGUUCUGCGCGGGGCCCCUCGCCGCCCAUCUCGGUCUGAAAGUCUUCCAACCCUUCCUGGCACCGCCCGUCAUCGACUUUGCAUUAACCUGCCGCCGCUCUGACCUCAUUCGAUCCAUUCCCAACCCUGCUCCCACCAAGGACACCACUCCAGGUGAGAUGACCACAUUUGGAAAGUACGUCCUGCGCGAAGCGGUGCCCGAAGCCUACUCGCGAUGGCGCCGGAAAGACCCUAUCGAGGUCGGGUCGGGGACCACUACGCUCCCCAAGCUGUUCGAAGAGCACACCGACCCGGCGUUUGUGGAGGCGGAGAAAGCGCGGAUCUUGCGCGAGGACGGCGUCACGAUCCGCGAUGCCGAGCAUCUGCAUUACUACGGCGUAUUCCGGAGGGUGUUCGCUUCGGACGGGGCGGCAUCGGCAGAGAAUGAGGAUCAGGACAUGGAUGCGAGACAAUACCGAUUGAAGGCGUUGUUUGCGAAAUGUGGUAUCGAGCGGUACGGCGAUGAUCCGUGUCUGGAGUGUGGCUUCCAGAUCGAUCGCUUGGAUAGCUGGUUUUGCGUGACUUGUGGGGCGUGGCCGGCUCGGACGGGGUCCCCGGAAGGCGAUGUGCAGGAGGGGGAUGACUUGGAUGAGUGAAGAGACCCAUUCGUAGAUAUGUUUAGGUAGAUUGUGUGCGUUGAGCUGCGCUUUGUCAAAGCGGCACCGUAGAGUAUAUGAUCACACAUUCGCCAACAAAACUGCAUCCCGCAUAACGGCUCCCCUCGCGCGGCCUAACACACCACAACCAAAAUCCGCCCCGACUAUCCUGAAGAUGAAGGUGGACGCGUGCUUAGUCAUUCGCUUCCGAGACGCGCUGUCGAAAUCGGGAACGACUUGGGUUUUACCCCCCAAAU